AUGCAUGCCCAUGCACCCCCACGGGUUUCUGCCCCUUUACCCUCUCACCAACGGCCUGCUCCAAACCCCUUCUCUUUCCAGGCACUCCCCAGAUGGGACACCCCAGGGAAGCUGCCUGCUCCGUCACAGUUGUCAAGCAUUACUCGCCCUGUGGCUCAGACUGUGGCAGUUUGCCAAGCCUCAGUCACACUCCAUGCGCAAGCAAUUAAGAGUCCACGGCGCACAGAGGACUCUGAUUCUGAAGGUAUGCCUCGUUUGACCCCAGAAGGGCCCUGGCCUGGGAUUCUGGAAGAGAAGAGAAGGCCGUCAUUCCACCUGGGACUUCACCAAAAUCAAGACAAUGCUGAGACUGAGUACUCAGCUCUGGCUAAUCCAUUCAGUAUGCGUGUACAGAUUCUGAACAACUUCCCAACAAAUUCAACACUCUACAGAUCAGCAUACAGGUCCCAGUCUGUGGCCAUGCACAGAGCAAGAUGCAGUUGUAUAACAAGUGCGGCGAAAUCUCUGGACAUCCUGCGACAGAAUUUGCAGAAGGCUAUGAAUAAGGAAAUCGAUGAAAUUAUACAGAAAUACAUGGAGAAAUUUUUCAAGCCAGGCAUAGAGAACAUCAAGCUAAAUAAUGGUCAGAACUCGGUGAGCGAGGAGCAUGUACAUGCAGUAUCAAGACAAAUCCUGGAAGAGGCCAAGAAGAUGUACAUCUCUGAACGUCCCAGAAGCACGACACCUGUUCGUGACUUCCCUGACAACGUUUCAGAAACUGGCAGCUCCAGUGGAAGAAUACGUAUUCCCAGUCGACGACGGAGGCCUUCCGAUUCAGACUCAGAGAGAAGUCUGCCUGUGAAGAGAAAGAGGAAAGGAAGGCCUCCUCUAAAUAUGAGUGGGCGAGGAACACCAUCAAAAACACUGAAAUCUCACUCACCUGUCAGAAGAGAAGGGCCAAAGUGGGAAACUGAUCGCAUCAAGGUCGACACACUGUUUGUAAUGGGAGCCAGAGCUAACAAAGCGCUGGGAUUGGGAGCAACACGAGGUAGACUUUACAUCAAGCAUCCGGAUAUAUUCAAGUAUUCAGGUGACCAGGAUGACAAGCAGUGGCUGUUUGACAACCACCACAUGCCAGCCACGGGAGGCAAGGCCUAUAUGUUGAUGGUUGAGGACAUACAGGAGCUGGCAAAGAGCGAUGAAUAUAGAGACAGCCCAAACCUCCUCCUGGAUGAAAUCAUUGGGUUUACUGUCCCAGAGUGGAUGUGCGAAAAGAUGAAGAUACAAAUGGCUGCCAUGAGAACGGAUAUGCCCAAACCUAAGGUAACCAGUCGAAGUCGCUCAGGAACGCCAGACACACGUACACCUCAAGGCGCCGGCCAAGUUUCCAGGGAAACACAUGCCAAACUGCCAUUCUCUGCAUUUUCAAGCACUGCCAGUAAACAGGUACUGGUGGAAGUGAAGACAGAACCUUCGCCAUCAAACACAGAGGAAAUGGAACUGCUGUCUACAGGGGACAACGAGGAACAAAAUCAUGUGGAAAUGUCACCCCUGAACAUGGGCGGAGGUUUUGAUGAUGUCAACUCAGACCUUGACACACUGGAUGAAGCCCCCUUCCUGGCCCAGUAAGAUGGAUGUUAGUAAGGCCACCCAGUUCAAUUUGUUGUCUUGUGGGGGAUAUAAAUGUUUUUUCAUUGUUGGAUAAAGGUAUAAAAAAAAUACUUGAGAAUUAUGUAAAUUAUGGAUAAAGUGGGCUAUCCCAGCAAUUUUUCCUGUUAAGGAUGGUGUUUACAUGAUUUGAUGUAUGAUCCAUUAUUGUUGAUAACAUAACUAAGGGCAGUACGGAUAACUUUUCCGACAAACAACAUUAUAAGCCUCUUACGAUCCUUUCUUAAUCUGCUUACAAGCUGCAAGGUAAGUUGUUAGACACUAUUUCAAAGCUCUGUUUUGUCAGCCGAUACCAAAUUCUUCAUAGGACUGCAUGUUCUUCACAUUCAAAGACAGAGAUUUCUGGCGCUGAAAAUAAAAGCUUCCAAAUUCAAGACUUAAUGUUGGUUGUUGUUAUAGACAGAUCUAUGGAAAAAUGUAUAUAUAUAUAUAUAUACAUACUAAAAUGGCAGCUUAUUAGCAGUUAAGAUUAGUGGCAUAUUUAAUGUGAAGUGAGAGACAAGUUUGAUCAAUU